AUGUCUACCCCCAACUUCUCAGACCACGACGUGGAGCUCUUCGGGCUCCCCUCCGCUGGCCUCACCAACUACAUGGGUUCGCCCUUCCAGCUCUCGCUGGACUCUGAUAACGGCGCUUUCUCCCCUGCUCCUCAGGGGACUGUCUCACCCAAGGACAUCAUGAACGAUGGCAGCUCCUUCCCGCCCUCGACCACUUUCACGGAUAUGAGCACUCCAUCUUUCGAGUCUCCAGGUGCCGCUUUCAGCUCCAACACUUCUCCAAUGUUCGCCGAUCUGGAUGUCCUGAACCAGCAUGACUGGGCUCCCCUGUUUGACGACGCUACGGCCCUUGAGACUCUUCAAACCUUUGGCCUCACUGCUGUGGAGGAGACUGACGCUAAGCACGACAUUGCGGAGCCGACUAUCACUGUGCCUGCUGCCCCUAAGCGUGUCUCUGCCUCCAAGUCAAUCUCGUCUCCAAUCUCCGCCACUGGCGGCGCCAAGCCCUCGAGCGUCGCUGGGAUCUCUCGCUCGCGCAAGGAGCUGUCUCCCGUUGCCUUUGAUCCCAGUGACCCGGUGGCUGCCAAGCGUGCCCGAAACACCGAGGCCGCUCGCAAGUCACGAGCCAAGAAGCUCGAGCGCCAGAUGUCUGCUGAGGCCCAGAUCGCAGAGUUGCGACGACAGGUCGCUGAGCGCGAUGAGUUGAUCGCAAGCCUCCAAGCCCAGCUGAAGACGCAGCAGCAGUUCUCCUAA